UCUCGGCUUCAGCGGCUUCCUCUGCCGUCCAUCUUCCUGUGCCCAGGCCUACGCCCUACUCAGUUCUUGAUCGCAUCAAAUGAACAGGACGGCGGCGAGGAGGAAGCGGAGGCUCUCCCCGCCCAGGCCACGGCCCCUCCCACCGCCGCGCCUCCUUGCCGUGUCCGUCGCCUUCGCGUCCACGCUCCUCUUCCUCAUCCUCGUGCUCCUCUCAACCUCCCCUCCCACGCCGCCGCGCCGGCUCGCCAGCGGCAGGAGAUCCUCCUCCUCAUCCACGGCGCUGCCCCGCUGCGGCGCCGCGGGCCUGGGUGAGCUCGGCGACGCGAUGGUGUCCAUGCUCCCCAAGGACCUCCCCUUCACCGUCUUCGUGCCGUCGCCGGGCUCGUUCCGCCGCGUCCUCGGGCUGCAGCAGGGGCGCAACGCCAGCGCCGCCGCCGAGGGAGACAACGACAACACCUACGCCGUCCUCUCCCGCGUGCUGGGCUUCUCCGCGGUGCCUCGGCGCCUGCUCGCCGCGGACGCACCGCCGCGCGGGACGGCGUGCCUCGCCCUCGCCCUGGACUCCGUGUCCGGGCUGAGGAUCCACGCCUCCCGGGACGCGCGCGGGGCGCUCGUCGUCAACGGCGUGCGCUCCGAGUGCGUCGACGUCGUCAGGGGCGAGAUCGUGGUGCAUGUCAUCGCGGGCGUCCUCAUGGACGCCGAGUUUGAGCGCUCUUUCGCUGUGGAAGCAUCUGACAGUUGAUCAUCAAGUCAUCAGAGUUCAGACACGGUCCUGCGUUUCUUUCUUUGUUAUGGAGUGGAAUUCGCGCGACAAUGCAAUACAUUUGCAAAUAACAUCUUCUACUUCGUACUGUU